GAGUUUCGCUCUUGUUGCCCAGGCUGGAGUGCGAUGGUGCAACCUCAGCUCACUGCAACCUCUGCCUCCCCGGUUCAGGCAAUUCUCCUGCCUCAGCCUCCGGAGUAACUGGGAUUACAGGCGCCUGCCACCAUGCACGGCUAAUUUUUUGUAUUUUUAGUAGGGACAGGGUUUCACCACGUUGGCCAGGCUGGUCUCAAAUUCCUGACCUCAGGUGAUCCACCCCCCCACUCGGCUUCCCAAAGUGCUGGGAUUACAGGCAUGAGCCACCAUGCCUGACCAUGUUUUUGUUUCUUUUAAGUGAAUAAAACUUCAAACAAAAUUAAGUACAAAUACUAAAAAAGUAGGUGCUGGUAUUUUAAUAUGAGAACAUGUAUGUGUUCUCAUUCUUUGUUUUUGACUUAGGAUAUGGCAGUUUUCUGUUCAAAUGUUUUUUGGUUACUUAUGUGUCACUGAGUUAAGUUUUCAGUAAUCUUUCUAGCUACAUAUUGACAAAUAAGUUUUAUUAUAAAACCAUACGGAAUAAAUUUAUAAGCUCUACCUGAAAAGUUACAGGUGUAGCUUACAAUUUUGAAAGUGAAGGAACUAAAAUUUAGCACCAUAUAGGUGCUAUAAUAAUUCUCAAAGUAGCAUGGUAAGAAGGUGACUCUCUCUAUCUGAGAGCUGAAUAAAUAGUUUUAGAUGGUUUAGGUAGGUCAUUUCGCCAAAGCUGUACAAUUAGAAGUCUUGGAACUGUAACUGUACAGCUAAUUUCAACCCGAAUCUGCCCCAAAUCUCCUCUGCAGACUACUUAGCUGUUUGAAAGUACUUGAGUUACUUGGUACUACUUGUGUACAUGACUAAAUUGUUAGUUUUAACAUGCAAAUUUUUACUGUAGUUAGAUAAAAUUAUUGGAAGAUGAUUAUAACUUCUUAAGGGGUUCAAUCUGAUUUUUUAAAAGAAAAAUAAUUCUUUUUUGCAGAGUUCCUUGCAGUGGGGUAAAAUAUUCAAAUAUGGGAGGCAGGCAUAUAAGGUAAAUAAUCACAGCAGGGAGGGUGUAAUAAGAUGAGUGAUAGGGGUCUGUGGCAAAGUGGAGUGAGUGAAAAUUAUUUGGUGACCACUCUGGCUGACUAUUCCCAUGCUUGGUAUUCAUAUUUUUCAAAAGCAGCUGGAAAUCUAGAUUUUUGAAUGAAAUCUGGCUUUUAGUUAGGAUUUUCUUUAACUUGGGCCCAAACCAAAUAUAGCUGCAGACUGGAUUAGGAAGGCCACCAAUUUAAGGUAUUUUCCCAUGUCCAAAUGUUCGAAGAGAAUGCACACAGAAAAGGUUAUGUUUUAAGUAAUAUGCACAGUGCACAUUGUUAGGAUAACAGCUUUAGUGCUUCCUAGGUGUCUUAGUCCAUUUGGACUGCUGUAACAAAUUGCCAUAAACUGGGUGGCUUAUAAGCAGUAGCAAUUUGUUUCUUAACAGUUCUAGAGGCUGAGAAGUCCAAGAUAAGGAGCCGGCAGAUUUGGUGUCUGAUGAGGGCUGCUAUUCUGGCUUAGAGUUGGUGCCUUCUUUCUGUGAGCUCCCUUGGGCCUCUCUUAUAAGGGCACUAACCCCAUUUAUGAGGGCUCCAUCAUCAUCUAAUCAUCUCCUAAAGGCUCCCCUUAAUACUGUCCCAUUGGAGAUUAGGUUUCAACAUAGGAAUUUGUGCAGGGGACACCGACAGACCACAGUAUUAGGGGUAUUUUGACUGCAGCAAUGAGUUUACUACUAUUUUGAGAGAGAGGUUGUGCUUUAUGCACCAUGUGUUCCACGAGUUGGACACAGUGUUCAUACGUGAUCCUGUCUUUUAGGCAAGCCCAAACAAGUGUUUCUCCUUACAAUACCAAGUUAAUACAGAGCUUAUUAAAUAUUUGAGACAAAGGGCUAAGAGAAGUGUGAGGCCCAAUUUCCCUUUGCAAUUAUUGCUGGCAAGGUGCAAGCUUUUAGCACGUGAACUAUUUUCCUGGAAAGCACACACACGAAAACUUGAAUAUUCCUUCCGGGGAAAUCGACCUCUAUUGGUAGCCAUAGCUUCCCCUUCGCUAAGAACUGCUGUAAGCACGAAAUCGACAUCAAUAGAAACCCUUCCGCGUUCCUCGGUAACUAACGGCAACCCUGCGCUCCCGGAUGUGACGUCAACGUUCUUCUGUUCUUCCGUCUGUCGACCGAACUCUGGGCUCGUAGAUUUGGUUGCUGUGUACGUGGAAGAAGCAAGCGCAUGCGCACAUGGGCCCCCUUCGUCUCAGCUGUGCGGGAACGGCCGAGGGUAACAUCCCGGGCUCGCAGGAGGCUGUCGGGGUAAUGGCCACACGCUGACAGAACCAGCCGAGUGGAAAAGGGGAGCGAAGCCGUUCCUCUGCACCCUUCCCCAGGCCUGAGGCCUUCCCGCUUGGUGCUGCCGCCGCCACUGCCGGCUGAGGAGGGGCGAUGAGUUGGUUCAACGCCUCCCAGCUCUCCAGCUUCGCUAAGCAGGCCCUGUCCCAGGCCCAGAAGUCUAUUGACAGGGUUCUGGACAUCCAGGAAGAGGAGCCGAGCAUCUGGGCCGAGACCAUUCCGUAUGGAGAGCCGGGAAUAAGUUCCCCUGUCAGUGGCGGAUGGGAUACUUCAACCUGGGGGUUGAAAUCAAACACUGAACCUCAGAGUCCACCAAUAGCCUCUCCUAAAGCAAUCACAAAGCCAGUUCGGAGGACUGUGGUCGAUGAAUCUGAAAAUUUCUUCAGUGCCUUUCUCUCGCCAACUGAUGUCCAGACCAUUCAGAAGAGUCCAGUGGUAUCAAAACCUCCAGCAAAAUCACAACGACCAGAAGAAGAAGUGAAAAGCAGCUUACGUGAAUCCUUGCACAUUGGACAGUCAAGAACUCCUGAAACAACUGAAUCACAAGUAAAAGACUCUUCUUUGUGUGUUUCAGGGGAAACUCUGGCAGCAGGUACUUCAUCACCUAAAACUGAAGGCAAGCAUGAAGAAACUGUUAAUAAAGAAUCGGAUAUGAAGGUGCCAACUGUAAGUUUGAAAGUAUCUGAAAGUGUAAUUGAUGUGAAAACAACUACGGAAAGUAUAUCUAAUACGUCUACGCAGUCUCUCACAGCAGAAACAAAGGACAUAGCUUUGGAACCUAAGGAACAAAAACAUGAAGACAGGCAGAGCAAUACACCUUCUCCUCCUGUUAGUACCUUUUCAUCAGGUACUUCUACCACCAGUGAUAUUGAAGUUUUAGAUCAUGAAAGUGUAAUAAGUGAGAGCUCAGCGAGCUCGAGACAAGAGACUACAGAUUCAAAAUCAAGUCUUCACUUGAUGCAGACAUCUUUUCAGCUUCUCUCUGCAUCUGCUUGUCCUGAAUAUAAUCGUUUAGAUGAUUUCCAAAAACUCACUGAGAGUUGCUGUUCAUCUGAUGCUUUUGAAAGAAUAGACUCAUUUAGUGUACAGUCAUUAGAUAGCCGGAGUGUAAGUGAAAUCAAUUCAGAUGAUGAAUUGUCAGGCAAGGGAUAUGCUUUAGUGCCUAUUAUAGUUAAUUCUUCAACUCCAAAGUCUAAAACAGUUGAAUCUGCUGAAGGAAAAUCUGAAGAAGUAAAUGAAACAUUAGUUAUACCCACUGAGGAAGCAGAAAUGGAAGAAAGUGGACGAAGUGCAACUCCUGUUAACUGUGAACAGCCUGAUAUCUUGGUUUCUUCUACACCAAUAAAUGAAGGACAGACUGUGUUAGACAAGGUGGCUGAGCAGUGUGAACCUGCUGAAAGUCAGCCAGAAGCACUUUCUGAGAAGGAAGAUGUUUGCAAGGUAACUCUAACAGUUGAAUUUCUGAAUGAAAAGCUGGAAAAAAGGGAGGCUCAGUUAUUAUCUCUUAGUAAGGAAAAAGCACUUCUAGAAGAAGCUUUUGAUAACCUGAAAGAUGAAAUGUUCAGAGUGAAAGAAGAAAGCAGUAGCAUUUCUUCCUUGAAAGAUGAAUUUACUCAAAGAAUUGCAGAAGCAGAAAAGAAAGUUCAACUAGCCUGCAAAGAGAGAGAUGCUGCUAAAAAGGAAAUCAAAAACAUAAAAGAAGAACUUGCCACUAGAUUAAAUAGUAGUGAAACUGCAGACCUUUUGAAAGAGAAAGAUGAGCAGAUCCGAGGGUUAAUGGAAGAAGGAGAAAAACUUUCAAAACAGCAGCUGCACAAUUCUAACAUCAUCAAGAAAUUAAGAGCUAAAGACAAGGAGAAUGAAAAUAUGGUUGCAAAGCUGAACAAAAAAGUUAAAGAGCUAGAAGAGGAGUUGCAGCAUUUGAAACAGGUCCUUGAUGGCAAAGAAGAGGUUGAGAAACAACAUAGAGAAAAUAUUAAAAAACUAAAUUCCAUGGUAGAAUGCCAAGAGAAAGAUCUUGGCCAUCUUCAGGUAGACAUGGAUGAACUUGAAGAAAAGAACCGAAGUAUUCAGGCUGCCCUGGAUAGUGCAUACAAAGAACUUACUGAUCUUCACAAAGCCAAUGCUGCAAAGGAUAGUGAGGCACAGGAGGCUGCUCUGAGCCGUGAAAUGAAAGCUAAAGAAGAACUUUCUGCAGCAUUAGAGAAGGCCCAAGAAGAAGCCCGUCAGCAGCAAGAAACAUUAGCCAUUCAAGUGGGGGACCUUAGGCUUGCAUUGCAGCGUACAGAACAAGCAGGUGCCAGAAAGGAGGAUUAUUUACGCCAUGAGAUCGGUGAACUUCAGCAGAGACUCCAGGAAGCAGAGAAUCGAAACCAGGAACUGAGUCAAAGUGUUUCAUCAACAACAAGACCAUUGCUUCGACAAAUAGAAAAUUUGCAAGCAACCCUGGGAUCCCAGACAUCGUCGUGGGAGAAAUUAGAGAAGAAUCUUUCUGAUAGGCUUGGUGAAUCCCAGACCUUGCUGGCAGCAGCAGUUGAGAGAGAACGUGCAGCUACAGAAGAACUCCUUGCUAACAAAAUUCAGAUGUCUUCCAUGGAGUCACAGAAUUCUCUUUUAAGACAGGAAAACAGUAGAUUUCAAGCCCAGCUAGAAUCAGAGAAAAAUAGGCUGUGUAAACUGGAGGAUGAGAACAAUAGGUACCAGGUUGAAUUAGAAAACCUAAAAGAUGAAUAUGUAAGAACACUUGAAGAGACGAGGAAAGAAAAGACAUUGUUGAAUAGUCAGUUAGAAAUGGAAAGAAUGAAAGUUGAACAAGAAAGGAAGAAAGCCAUUUUUACUCAAGAAACAAUAAAAGAAAAGGAACGCAAGCCAUUUUCUGUUUCUAGCACUCCCACCAUGUCACGCUCAAGUUCAAUAAGUGGUGUUGAUAUGGCAGGACUACAGACAUCUUUUCUAUCUCAGGAUGAGUCUCAUGAUCACUCAUUUGGACCAAUGCCUAUAUCAGCAAAUGGAAGCAAUCUUUAUGAUGCUGUAAGGAUGGGAGCAGGAUCAAGCAUAAUUGAAAACCUACAGUCUCAGCUAAAGCUAAGGGAAGGGGAAAUUACUCAUUUACAGCUAGAAAUUGGCAAUCUAGAAAAAACUCGAUCAAUAAUGGCUGAAGAACUAGUUAAAUUAACAAAUCAAAAUGAUGAACUUGAAGAGAAGGUGAAGGAGAUACCCAAACUUAGAACUCAGCUAAGAGAUUUGGAUCAAAGGUACAACACUAUUCUGCAGAUGUAUGGAGAAAAAGCAGAAGAGGCAGAAGAACUUCGAUUAGAUCUCGAAGAUGUAAAAAAUAUGUACAAAACUCAAAUAGAUGAACUUUUAAGACAAAGGCUCAGUUAACUUGUGAAAAUUGAAUUCCCAUCAAACUGAAUGUAAGCAUUUAAUAUCUAAACAUUUAAUGUGGACUUCCAAUAAAUUCUUUUAUAGAAUUAGAAAGUGGGAUUUACUGUAGAGUGUAAAAAUUUUUUUAAAAUUGUUUUACUCUAUGUAGUAAUAUUUACAGUUAAAUUAUUUUGUGCAAUAUUUGAACUUUAUUUUUGAAACUAUUCUUUAAAGAUUUAUUUUUUAAAGCAUUCAUUUUUUUCCCUUGAAUAGCACAGAGAUUUAUUACUUUAUCCUCAUAUCAAUAUGGCUAGAGAAGAAGAAUGGUGUUCAUAUAUGUAUUGUAGAUAUACAACUAGUUGUAUCUAUAAUUUGUAAGUGUUUAUAUAUAUAUUAAGAACAUUUGAAGAGUAAUGUUAACAUACUGAAACUUUGAAAUCUUUCACAUUUAAAGUUUCAACAUAUCUUAAUUACUGCUCAUGAAAAUGUACAUUAAGUGUUAAAGUAAAAAAUUAUUAAAUCUGUGGCUAUUAAAUUUUAAACUAAUUUUUUCCUUUAAAAGUAAGAGUCACACUGACACUGUCUGAAAUUUAAAGAGUGAAUGAUUUAAACUUAAAAAAAAUUUUGAUCUGAAAAUUUAUUUCACCCAGCUUUCACAAUUAAGUCUGUAUAAAAUGUGGUACCUUUUGGUACCUAUCCAGAGAAACCUGUACAUAUUCAAUGUUAUCUAGAUGUGAUUGGAUAAUGGAGAAAAUUUAUUUAUAAUGAUUUUGCAAUGGCAUCAAUAACAUUUAAAUGAUUUUGAAGAAGUAUUAUUUUACUACCCUAUAAAAUGAAUCGAAAAUAAUAAAGUUCUUAACAUAAUUUACUCUUUAAAAAUUACCUGUUCAUAUUUUGUAAACCCAUAUUUUUAGCACAUUAAAAAUGAAUGUUUGAUAUUACAGAAUAUUCAUAACAAAAUGGAAGAAUUAUGGGAAUUAACUUGAAUUUGGCAUUUUUAAUUCUGUGAUUUAUCAUUUUAUUUUUUCUUGAAAUUUCAAACACAAGGAAAGCAUGGAAUAGCUUUUAAAAGUAGCUAUGCCUUCUUCCAAAUGUUAUUUUAUUCAAAAAGGUAACCAGGUUGUGUUUUAAACCUGCGAAAUAUUGUGAUGCAUUUUAUUACUGAAAGUUAUUUAACUGCCUUUACUUGCACAUAAAAACUCUCAUUUACGGCCAGGUGCUGUGGCUCAUGCCUGUAAUCCCAGCACUUUGGGAGGCCAAGGCGGGCAGAUCACCUGAUGUCAGGAGUUCAAGACCAGCAUGGCCAACAGUUUGGUGAAACCCCAUCUCUACUAAAAAUACAAAAAUUAGCCUGGUGUGGUGGUGUGCGCCUGUAAUCCUAGCUACUCGGAAGGCUGAGGCAGGAGCAUUGCUUGAACCUGGGAGGUGGAGGUUACAAUGAGCCAAGAUUGCGCCACUGCACUCCAGCAUGGGUGACAGAGAAAGACUCCGUCUCAAAAAAAAAAACAACAAACUCUUAUAUAAUUUUUAGUUAAAAUUAAAACACUAGUACUUCAGAAUAUAGAUACAAGUACACCAUCUUGAAGAAUUUGGAGUUUUUCAGGGCAAUUCAAAUGACCUCAUUUUUUGUUCUUUUUGUAUUCCAGACAGUGUUUCUGUCAUUGGAUCUCUGAUUGGUAGUGUUAAUAAAUAUUCUUUCAGUGUGAGCCAGAUUCAUAAAAUUAAUUUUCUUCAUUUUAGUAGUAAAAAGUAGUCUAAUAGCUUUUUGUCAGCUUGAUUUUUGUGUGUGUGUAAUAUUCAAGGGCAGAAUGACAGGACAGAUAAGCAAUAAGAAAUGUAUAGAAUUAGAAAAUAUAGUAGUUCCCUCUUACCCAUGGGACAUACGUUCCAAGACCCCCAGUGAACGUCUGAAACCAUGGAUAGUAUAGACACCUCUAUACACUGUUUUUUCCUAUACAUAUAUACCUAUGAUAAAGUUCUAUUUAUAAAUCAGGGACAGCAAGAGAUAAACAAUAACUGCAAAUAGAAGAAUUAUAACAGUGCACUGUAAUAAAAGUGAUGUAAAUGUGAUAUGUCUGUCUCUUUCUCUCAAAAUAUCUUAUUGUACUGUACUCACCUGUAAUCAGACUGUGGUUGACCGUGAGUAACCGAAACCACAGAAAGCAAAAUCGUGGAUAAGGGGAGACUACUCUAUAUGAAACUUAAGUUACAAAAUUCUCUGAAGCAUUUGAAACUAGAUGUUUUGGAAUUAUAAAAUAGUCCAUUUAAAAUAUCCACUAGUAGGAAAAAACUUCAUUUGCAGAGAAAAGAUUGCAAUAAAACUCAUUCCUAAACUUUUCAAUUUUAUAAAAUUAAACAUUCUUUUUUUAUCCUUAUUAACAAUUUCUAGUUACAUAGUUUCUAGUUACAUAUUACCAUAUAUUACUCUUUAUCUACAAAUAAAUAGCUGAUAUUCACACUGAUCAUAUUUUGAUUGUUAAACACUUGGAUCUCUCAAUACUUCUGUAAGUUAAAGUGAACUUAAACAGUUUCUUGAAAAACUCCAGUAGGUGGCAGAAUACCUAUUGAAUAUUCGUUGCUAUACUUUGCUGUUUGUCAUUAAAACAUCUCUACCCAUAUUCUUGCAAAAUAAUAUUUAUAUUUUAAUGGAUAGGAAAAUGAUUUGCAAUUAGAUGUUUCCAUUCUUGAAAGAAAAAAGCUGCAAAUAACAUUUUCAAGAAUAUAAAAAAAUGAGUAAACAAAGGGAAGGUUGUUUGGUCAUUUAUAGACAAUUAAGCACAGACUGUAGAUGUCCUUCCAAUUCUUGGGAGGCUAAACUGAGUCUACCAUUUCUUACAUUUCUUUUACCUAUUUUUUGAGAAUUGCCAGUUGUACAGUGUUUAGCAUGUGGAAUGUACCAAAUAUAUCUAUGUUGUGACUUAAGAUAUUCUAAAUGUGGAUAACUUCUGACCUAGGAAACAUGAAGUUUGUAGUGAAGUAAGUGAAAAGAAUGUUCAGGAAAUUUUUUUUCUCCAUCUCUUCAGUUGGCAUUUAUUGAGAGUUUUAUUUGAAUGCUUAUUAAAAGUAUAUGAUUUAUAGUAUUUAGAAAAUAGAAGAAAAAAGAAAACUGUAGAUGUUUUAUCUUGUUUUAAUACUGUAUGUUUAGUACGUAUACAUUUAUGUUCUAGUGUAUCAAAAUUUUUCAUUUUCAUUAAAAAUCCAAUUUUCCAUAUUCUAGGUCCAUUUUAAACCAUGAAAACUUUAAUCACAUAUUUUGUAAAGGGCUGAAAGUAUGAUUUAAACUAUAGAUUGAUAUAUUUUAAUUCUAAAUGAAAGGUAAUGUAAAUAAGCAUGGAUCUGAUUGAAUAAAGAUUUUAAAAUAGUAA